AUGCCGUCAUCCACGUCCACGUCUGUCUCGUCGUUCUCCCACCACUUCUACACACUCCUCCUCCUCUCGGUGCUUCUCGUGGCCUUCUUCCCAGGAGCAUUCCAUUACCUCUCGUCGCUGCCUUUCGCCUACCUCAGCGCCGCGUCUUCUCCGUCUUCCACCCAUCAACCCUCCUCCGACCAAGGCCCCACCACCACCGCCACCAACACCAUGUCGUGGUUCCAGAAGCAGUUCAGCCUGCCGCCGCGGUCGCGCGGCUCCUACCUCGUCACCGACCACGUCGCCAGCGCCGUGCCCGAGAUCGCCCAGUACAAAGUCGGCCUGUUAAACCUGUUCGUACAGCACACCAGCUGCGCGCUCAGCCUCAACGAGAACUGGGACGACGACGUGCGCGCCGACAUGAGCGAUGCGCUGGACCGCAUCGCGCCCGAGGCCGGGCCCAAGGGGCAGGAGCUGUACCGGCACAGCGCCGAGGGGGCUGAUGACAUGCCGGCACAUAUCAAGAGCGCGUUGAUUGGCGCCAGCAUCACGAUUCCGAUCAAGGAUGGCAAGCUUGCGACGGGAACCUGGCAGGGUAUCUGGUACUUGGAGUUCCGACAGGUGAAGCACACGAGGAAGGUGGUGGCCACGAUUCAGGGCGAGAAGGCGUAG